AUGGCCUCGCCGGAACGGCCACGCAAUUCUCUCAUUUUUUUCCUACUUUCUUUAAAUUUCCUAUUUACCUCGAUUUCCUCCGCCAAUGCCGACUUGCUAGGCCUUGACCAUCUUGAUCUCACAUCUUCCGCCGACGACCCAUACACAUGCUCCAAGGACAAGAAAUGCAUCAACGGCGCCUGCUGUGGUGAAAGUGGCAACUGCGGAUACGGCCCGAAAUACUGUGGUGUGGGCUGCACGUCCAACUGCAACGCAACUGCUGCUUGUGGAAUGUAUGCAGAGCUCCCUGGUCAAGGCUGUCCUCUGAAUGUUUGCUGCUCCGAGUUUGGAUUCUGCGGAACGACCAGUGAAUUCUGCGGUAAGGGCUGUCAAUCCCAUUGUGACCAGCCGAAGCCAUCAGUCGAGAAGUCCGAUGUCCAAAAACGUGUCGUCGGCUACUGGGAGGCUUGGAACAUGGACCAUAGCUGCGGAACUAUGGAGCCUGGUGAAAUUCCUGUUCAAUUGCUUAGUCACCUGAUUAUUUCGUUUGGCUAUGUCAGUCACGAGUUCAAGGUCACCAAUAUGGAUGGCGUUUCUCCCGAUCUAUAUAAGGUUGUCGGUGAUCUGAAGCAGCGGAACCCCAAGCUCAAGAUCAUGAUUGCUCUUGGAGGAUGGACCUUCAAUGACCCCGGAACUUGGCAGAGUAUUUUCCCGACGAUGGUUUCCAACCAAGCCAACCGAAAAAAGUUUAUUGAUAACCUGCUUGGAUUUCUCUCUGAGUAUGGGUACGACGGUGUUGAUUUCGACUGGGAGUAUCCUGGGGCCGGUGACCGUGGUGGGUCAGAUGCGGACGGAGCAAACUACGUACUACUCCUAAAGGAGCUCAAAGAUGCAAUCUCUGCCAGUGGCCGUGACUACCUUGUCACCUUCACAUCUCCAACAUCCUACUGGUACCUUCGUCACUAUGAUCUUAAGACGAUGACUGAUAAUGUCGACUGGAUUAAUCUGAUGGCAUACGACCUUCACGGAGUAUGGGAUGGACACAAUCCAGUCGGCAAUCACGUCCUCGCUCACACGAACUUAACUGGGAUCGAUGAAGCACUUGAUCUGUUCUGGCGAGUCGAUGUCGAUCCUUCCAGUAUUGUCCUUGGCCUGGGGUUCUAUGGCCGAACCUUUAAGCUUAGCGACAGUGCAUGCUGGAAGCCAGGGUGUGAGUUUACCACUGCUGGUGCUAAAGGCCCAUGCACUGCCACCGAGGGAAUUCUCUCGUACAGGGAAAUCUCGCAAAUUCGGAAGGAUACUGGAGGGACUGCCUACCUUGACAAGGAUGCUGCUGUCAGGUAUAUGGUAUAUGAUGACGACAGCUGGGUCUCUUUUGAUGACGAGACCACGUUCCAGAUCAAGAUAGACUAUGCUAAUAAGCUUGGUCUCUCUGGCCUGAUGAUCUGGGCUAUCGAUCUUGAUGACAAUCAUUUGAGCGCCCUGAGAGCAGUGUCUGAUUCGGAUUCUCUGGGCACUACGGGAUCCGAGUUUGAUCUCGUGAGUAUGGAUCGCAUCUUCCCCUCCGACAUUCGCCCACCAAACACAACGAAGCCUGUCUAUGGUAUCUCGACCUUUGGAGGCGCUGACUCCAUGAGCCCCAACGGAGGCGGCUUUGGAUUUCUUCUUCUCGCUGGCGAGUCUCAUGCUCUCUCGAGGCUUCGAAGGCGAGACAACGAGCCGGAGCCUUUCCACUUCCUUGAUUGUCCUUUGAAUGUCAAGGACGCUCCUCUAGAUCACAUCCACACGGCUCGUGUCGUUUGUCUCAGCGAUGAUAUCAAUGGAUGUUUCCAAGUGAUGUAUGAAGGCGUCGAGGGCACCAUUGUCGAGAUGCCUGACAACGCUGUGUCCGCCAAGAUCAAGAAGCGGAACCCUACUUCCCAGGUGUACGACUUCAAAUUUGACUACAACAUGGGCUUGAGUCGGCGUGAUGUCACCAAUAAAACGAGUGUUCGCUUGGAUUACUCUAAUGUGAAAGGCUAUUGGGACAGAAUAGUGGACUCUCCCGGCGUCGACGACAACGACGGCGAGAAGGAAGCCCGGGCCUUGGUCAAAAAGUACUAUUCAUCCGACAACAUGGACUGGCAACAGAAUUACGGGACCUCCAACACUCACUUUGAGUACGAAAACCUCAAUGCAAUCCCAGUCAAGCACGAUCUCAGCGAGCUUAUUUGGUACCAAACUGCCACGGACUGUGAAGUGGAGGGACAAGAAUGGGGCGAAUCCUUCGCGGCCUAUGUCACUGGUGAAAUCGAUGCCAAAAUGUAUAUUGGCUUCUCAUUGGUUGCCGAGUACUACAACGAGCUUACUGUCCAGGAGGCCAACGGCUUCGUCAAGGCCGCUGGCAAAAGCGAUCUGACAUAUGGGAUUGAUGGCUUUAGUGAGGUUGAUUUCUCCAGGGCAGAUAAGGGUACCCCCUUCAUGCAAGCACCUGGGGCUGGAGGCGUCUGCUAUCCGAACUAUGUCAGCGGGACUGAGUCUAGUACUAUGCGUCGCGCCUUGGAUGAAAAUGUCAACAGCUCAUCCAUGGCCCCUGGAGAGAUCCAAGAAAUAGGCAUUGUGACCCGUGGCGAUAUCGGUCAAAACGGUGAAUAUGACGCAUUCCCUGGAGUUAAUUACGGACCAUUGAAAUCUCGACCGGCGACUCCAAAUGAGAUGCUCGGCAAAGAGGCGGAGAAGAUCGGGGGCGCAACUGACGGUGCAAUUGGUUGUGAGGACUGUGGCACUUGCACUGACACGAAAGACCCGGUCAAGAAAAGGCGCUGUUGUGGUUGCGUUAGCAUGGACUGGAAGUGGUCCUACGAGGAUAUCCCGUAUUACGACGAUUGUGAUUCCUGCCAGACGAGCACUUUGAACAGGCAGUGGCCGUAUGGCGGAAGCCGCAUUAACUUCGGCCCUUCUAAGAGGAGUUCUGAUUCAUUCUUGGAAGAUGAACACGAUUCCGAGGAUGAAACUACCCUCCGUGAACUUGAGAGUCGUGCCCUCCCGGGGGAGGCGGGCAGAGGUAAAAAAGAAGUCACCAUGUGCGGAAACACGGACGCCGCCGGUGACCUUGGAGUAUAUCCUCAAUUCCCUAAAGAUGCCAGGAAGCCAUGGGCCGGAAUCGAAAAUGGAAUGUGGGAUCCCAUUUCGAGAUGGUGGGGAAAUACAUCGUCCCUGUGCAGCGACUGGAGUGUGGCAGCUUUGGACAAUUACGACGAGGAUAACAUUCCCGGUGGACGUGAACGAUCGGAUUAUCAGAGUAUGUGA